AAACGAUAUUUUUCUCCGGUGUACGUCUUCCCUUGCUGGGUCACAUACAGUAUUUAUAUUUUUAUUCUGUAUCAAUUCAAUUCCCUCAAGGCGCGUGAAAUCUUCAAGCAAGGUCAGAGGUGGCUCACCCAAGCUAAAGAGUAUUACGAGCUGGAUGGUCACGUGUCUGAUUACGUUCAGAUAGAACAAGACGUGAGCCAGCUGUACAAAGAGCUCGCUAAACUGGAGACGGACAAAGAGCGCAGGUGCAAGAUGCACAAGAGACGUGUGGACGUGCUGUGCGCCGUGCUGGCAGAACUGAAUCCCCAGCAUUACCUGCAAAUAUGCCGCCAGCUUAUGUUCGAAACAGCAGAAGCUUACAGUGAAAUGGUAGACCUGAAGAUUGCCCUUGCCAAGGAGAGCGGCGUACCUCCCUCCGUUCACGUCAUCAAGAAAAUCAACCACCUCGUAACCCAGAGCAUCAAGUUCUUCCAAACCUUCAUAGACUCCAUGAAACAGAAGCAGGUUCUUCCCGAGACCUAUGAUGAUGAUAUAGUGCGGCCGGCGCUUGUGUCUCACUUCUGCGUCGCUCGCCUCCAUGGAAAGAUCAUCUGCUCCGAGACCCGCACAAAAGUGGACAAUUUGCAGAAGAGCCUUGAGCUGUAUAAGUACGUGGUCAACUACUGCGACAGCCACCCUGGACUCCCGGUCGCUGUUUUCAAGGACGAGCUUGAGAUUUCAAGAGAAAUGACAGGAUUACUGCCGUUAAAGAUGGCAAAGAUAAUGGCCCAGUCGUCCUGAAAGAAUCGACCAAUAUACCCUCCAGUCGAGUUGCGAUUCGUUAUCGAUUGGCUGCUACACUUCAGAAGCAACUGCCGAGUCGUCAUAAGAGAUGUUUUCAAGCCGACUUACGAUCUCUUAUCGACUAUCGAUUUCUUAUCUAUAUUCGCGCUUCCUGAAGGUUACAGAUGACAAGAUAACUGACCCAAAAUUUAGUUAAGGGUCCAUAAGAUAUCAUAUCUGGACGCAUAUUAUUCAUAUUGAUACUUAUUUAUUUACUUUUAUCUAAAAUGCAUGGUGUAUUGGCAUUGAAUGUAGAUAUACAUAUGAAUAAUGGACACAAAUGUUGUACUAAAAACAUUUUUUGUACAUGAUUGUACUUUUAAAAAGUUCUAUUAUUGAAAGAAAAACAUGAAUGUUGGAAUAGUGGAAGAACAGCACUUUAACUUAAAGGAAAGUCGAUAUAUCGGACCUCCAUUGAGUGGGGACACAGCGGACAACUUCCAAAGUCCCGGGGUAUCCAUUAUAUGGAGGUUUCACUGUAUAACGGAUAAUAAAUGUUUCGGUCCACUGGGUGUCCGUUAAAUGGAGGCUCUGUUAGAAAAGAGGAGGUGAUACUGAGUAAAGCGAUCUUGCUCGUUAA